GAGAGAGAGAGAGAGAGAGAGAGGAGGUCUGAGGCAGUCAGAUGUGCAGUCAGAGAGUGUGUGUGUGUUUGGGAGAGAGAGAGAGGCUGUGUUUUCCUAAGGACUCUAUGCACAGCAGUACCAUCACACACUCCAGCAGAUCUCUGACACAGACUUGUGACCGUGAAUCUGAAGGAGUAAAAGCAGAAGGACUGGAAACACCACAGAUGACAUGCAGCCUCAGAGGACGGUGGUAUGUGACCAUCUCAACGGCUCACGGAUCGUUUUCUCGGAUGAAAGUCAAUCAGGGAACCUUCUGUCCCCAGACAUGACCCAGGAAGUAGUCGUGAUCUCGUCUAGUCUCCCUGAACAUCCUCCGAUCCCUUACUACAGGGCUGCUGCUGCUGCUGCUGCUUCGGCUCCUCAACACAACGAUGCAGAGGUUAAUGGAGGUGCGGUCAGUACACCAAGUUUCGGAUCCUACUACGGACCACAUGAUGGAUUAGCUAACGGUGGGCCGCGCUCCGCUACUCUGCCUCGCACUUCCAUCACCAGAGAGGAGCGGCUUAUCAAGUUCUCUGGGAUCGGCCCUGUGGAUGAAACAGGCAUGCCAAUCGCUUCCCGAUCUAGUGUGAACAAACCUAAGGACUGGUACAGGAGCAUGUUUCGACAAAUCCACAAGAAACCAGAGGAGCCAGAAAUCGACUGGCAAGAAAGGAGGGUGGAUACCACUCCAGCUGCAGACUCGACUCAGGAGGAUGGACCUGGGACUAGAAAAGACCCCUUCACCCUGACACAGCAUGGAGCGCUGCCUGACUGGGCUGACCUGGGCGAUGUAGUAAAGAUUCCAGAGCCGAAGAGCAUUUUCGACUUCGAGCCAGGACAGGGAGGCACCGCGGAGGAACGUGUGCAGUCACCAAGGAAACCGCCAGUGCACCACCCUCCUGAGAGAGCUCACUCCCCCUCCAUAGAAGCCACUCUAGUAUCGGAGCUCAACCGCUUCGAGGCGGAGCUGGACUCAGAUAUCCGUGGCCUGGAGAGGAAGCUGUCUCUGAAGCAGCAGAAGCCACAACGGCAAGGCAGGGGUGAGGGUGAAAAGAACAACACUAAAGGAGCCGCGACAUCUGGGAAAGGACCAGACUACAGCUACCUGAUUGGAGAAAAGCACCUCGGGACGAAAGAAAGAAGUAUUGCCCCACCAAGCCAUCCUACAAAGCCUUGCGCUGGCGUUCAGCAAGACCAAGCGCCUAGCAUCACACGUGCUAAUGACAGAACAGUGUGUAUGUCUGCAGACAUGGACUUUUUACCUAAGAGAGAGGAGAAAAAGAUGAAAGCAGCACGAGCCAAAUUCGAUUUCCAAGCCCAGUCACCUAAGGAGCUGACCCUGCAGAAGGGUGAUGUGGUGUACAUUCACCGGCAGGUUGAUGCCAAUUGGUAUGAAGGAGAGCAUCAUGGGAGAGCAGGGAUCUUUCCGACUAGCUAUGUUGAGAUAAUUCCUCCGACAGAGAAACCAGUGCCGAUAAAGUCUCCCAGUGUACAGGUGCUGGAGUACGGCGAGGCCCUGGCUUUGUUCAACUUUAACGCAGACCUGCCUGUGGAGCUGUCCUUCCGGAAGGGUGAGGUGAUAUCCAUAACACGACGGGUGGACGAUCACUGGUUGGAGGGUCGGAUCCCGGGCACCGCCCGCAGCGGCAUUUUCCCCGCCAACUACGUGCAGGUCAACAAAAUGCCCCGAACCAAAACGGCUGAUGAUCUUUCACCUUGUCCACUAUCACCCCUCUCCCCUUCCCCUCACUGCACUCAGGCUCCGCUUUCACCUCACGCACGCACCAGCCAAUCACGCUCACCCCUCUCACCUACAACAAUCACCAAACAAUCGUCCAAUCACUUUGUGUACUCGCCUGGCCCCGCCUCACCCACUCCGCCCAACAGCCACAGGAGUUUCUCACCUUCAGCAUGCAGCUCACUGGAGAGAGAAGCGAGAUCCCCUGUUUCACCAUCCAGUCAUUUCCCGGCGUCUCCACAGGGUCCAGGCCUGGCGAUGAACAUGAACCCGAGACCACUGUAUUCUUAUCAGGAUGGACCCAGGACACACUCUCCUCAGUCUUACAGACAUGUAAAAACUCCACCAUCAGCAGCUUCCCCAGUCAACAGCAGCACUACAGUCAUACCACGACAGCCAUAUAAGGCAGUUUACAACUACAAGCCUCAGAAUGGAGACGAGCUGGAGCUGAGGGAGGGAGACAUCGUUCAGGUGAUGGAGAAGUGCGAUGACGGCUGGUUUGUAGGUACGUCUGAGAGGACCCGUGCUUUUGGAACGUUUCCUGGCAACUAUGUGGCACCUGUUUGAACGUGAACAAAUGUUUUGGCACCUUCACCACUUCUGCCGUCUCGCUCACUAAUCCGAAUAGAAAUUUAACACAUACACACAAACACAAAUAUACAGUAUAUGCACACUCAAUCUUCGAUCUCUCCAUCAUCAUCAUCUCUCACGUCUCAGCUCCUAGACUCGAUUGCAUGCACACUCUGUUCACAUUUUGAGCACUUGUGUGUCUGUUUAUUUUCACAAGCACUCCUUAGAUGUGGUGGCAAUGGCAAAAGACACUGUGUUUGGAACGGUCACUUGGUUUUUUUCUUGUUUUUUUAAAGCCACCGGUUACUGAUUUAAGAAGUGGCCAUGGAUUUGGUUUGGACUGGACUGCUGCCAUAGAGAACAGAGACAGAGGCAGAGACACGCUCCUUAUCUACCACAUGCUUAUUUUGCAGCACGUCCUGUGUUUCACAUCUUUUUGUGUAAAGAUUUCCUCCGUCCUGCGUUUCAGAUCUGUAACAGAGCAACUCCGACGUGAACACCCCAUGAGGACAGACAUCUGGAUGGACGUGAACUUUCUCGAUUUAUCAUGAUCAUCACAAAUAUUAGUGUUGUGGGUUUUUUUGUUUUGUUUUGUUUUUUUAUUUCGCUGGCUUGGCUGAACUCUGAAAUUUGUUAGUACACAAAUCCUUGCCUGCUACAGCUUCAUCUAUGUGUAGUAUAUAUUAGUGCUGUAUCUGUCAAGCUGUUGCUGCAAGGCACUAUUAAAGGAUCACCUCACUCUGCAACAUUCUGAAGAUUUUUGUAAUAUUUCUAAGGAAGGAACUCAAGCAGAACUGGCUUCGGUAUGUGCGUAUUAUAAAUCCAGAGCUCGAACACGCCUGUAGUGAAUUAGCCAGACUUCAGGGCUGGAUUUGAGAAGAGCUAAAAAUAUGAUUACCUACAUGACAGAAACCUUGAACCUAUUACCGGAAAUUUGUGUUACGGAUCGUCGUUCUGUGUCGACUAUUACAUUUCCCAAGAUCGAAUGUGUUCAUUACAAAUACAUUCAAUCCUAGAUAUGCCUUGAAAGGUACGGCUCUGUCAUUGAGAACGGGCGGAAAGGAAGAUUCUGCCGGAACAUUCCUGGAUCUGGAGACAAAUUCACAGCAAUUCAUAUGAGUGAGGGUGAUGUGGUAGGAGUUAAGGUAUCCAUAACCAAAUUAAGUGAUUUAGACACGGUCCCUUGAAGAACCAUUCCACUUUUCAUUCCUAAAAAGUGAACAGAUUCCUGAAGUGUAACACCAUACUCCAUGAUGUUGUGAAGUGAUCCUUGUGUCUAAUUCUAAUACAAAAGUAAUUCUCUACCACGUAGCCGUCACACCACACGGACUUCCUUUUCGAGAACAAAAAAAUGCUCUCGGAAAGAUGAAGCAACUGAAGAUGGUGAGCGAAGUAUAACGAAAUAAGGAAGUGUUUUUGGAUCAUUAUUAAGAACGAUGUGACCAGCUGAUUCAUAGACAGUGAUUCUCAUGACCCGUGUCACGGUCAAUUCCAAGCAAAACGGGGAAAAAAACGACUUCUUAAUAAGUGUUUCCUUACCUUUGUUGUCAUGACAACUGACUUGACCACAGGUUAUUAUGGGAUGGAUGGCUUACACUAGAAAGGUGAAUGCUUGAUAUGUGGUUGUAUUGUGUAGAAUACUACUUUCUAACUCGAGUAUUAUUUCCUUUGACUGUACAGAUAUUAACAGUUAUCAAAACUGCGAAAAAAUAUAA